AUGGCUCUCAAAUUCGCGACCUUGCCCGUUCCUCCGCGGAUAUCGAAGAUAUCCUCAUCCUCGUCCUCCGCGAAGUCAGACCGAUCCUAUCCGGACCUCGGGAUGCCCACCCGCGAGGAGUUCUCAACGAUGCAGGAGCAGUACAUCGGCUCACUCGACGGGCGCAAGCAGGCGAAGGCACUCAUCUCGCAGGAGAUGUUCGACGACAUUUGGCUGGCGCUUCACAAACCGCGCGACAACAAGAUCGGCUCGCCACAGUUCCGCUGGUGGGUCCGCAAGAUGUUCAGGCUCGCGCUCCCGGACGACUUCGGGGGGCUGACGCCACCCCUGCCGGUGGUUCUGCACGACGGGAAGCGCGUAGCGAUCCGCGAGCAGAUCUAUGAUAUCAUGUGCGCCUGCCAUGAGCGCGUCGGACACGGCGGGCGGGAUAAGACGGCCAACGAGAUACGCAAGACGUACACUUGGGUCCCAAAGGAUCUCAUCGCGCUCUUCGUGAAGAACUGUCCGACUUGCGUCUGCAAGAGGACAAGGCAGAUAGAUGACCGAGUGGAGGACGCCGCGCCGCCACAGCAAACUAAUGCGACGCCGACU